AUGGGUACAGACAACCACGGAAACAAGUAUUCCUACAAGGGCUCUGGCACGAACAAACAGGGCAAUCAUUACUGCUCGCGUGACUAUGGCCCAGACGCCGUGAACCAGAACAGCUACCACUACUCCAACAAAGAUGGAUCGUACCAUUAUUCGAACCCAGAUGGUAGCACCUACCACAGGAAUGCUCAGGGCGAGGCUACUUACACCCCGCCAUCUUCAUCGAACCCGGGUAAUCGUGGUGACUCCGGCAGAUAUGGAACCAAGGAUAGCCAUGACAGCCACAAAAUUCACGACAUCCGCGACAACCAUGACAACCAUGAAAUCCAUUAA